UCUUUCUGUUUACCAGUUUAGCAAUGAUUAACUGCUAUGCUUCUAUAAUAAUCCCUGGGCUAAACCAAAUCUGCAUUUUGAGCACUGAAUGGAAACAAAAAUGAGCUUCAGAGAUUUUGCUGUUGUUUUUCUGAUUUGGGUUCCUAUGGGCGUAAAUGCCUUAAGGUGCCCAGCUCCCACAUUGGAUCAUGGCUAUUUUCUCCCUGACAAAAAAGCAUAUGCAGAGAAUGAGGGUCUGUUUUAUGCUUGUGAUACUGAAUUUAAACCUGAUCAGGAGGAGUGGUGGGCGGCAACUACAUGUACGGCUGGCACAUGGAGCACUGUGCCCAAGUGUAUAGCAAAAGAUCAUUGCAUUUCUCUGAUAAUCGCCCACGGUGAAAUCCAGGACAAGAGAGCAGACUAUGUGGCUGGGGACACAAUCUCGAUAAGUUGCCAAGAAGGAUAUCACUCUGAAAAUCCUCAACAAGUUUGUUCCGAUGGAAUGUGGACCCCACACCCCAUCUGUAAAGAAAAUCAAUGUGGAGUUACACCGCAAAUACUGAAUGGUAAAGCCCAAGAGAGGGGGAAGGUGGUAACGUACUCAUGCAGCACAGGCUACGUGCUGGUGGGGGUUGCGACUGUGGACUGCCUCAGCGAUGGACGAUGGUCCGAUCCUCCAGCUUGUGAAGCCAGGGGAGGAGCACGAGUUGAGACGAGUCCUUUGCCAAGGAAAGAGGAAGCCCCAAUUGAACGAUGUGGCGCCAUACCAGUAGUGCAGAAUGCAGAGCAGGAGAUAUUUGCCUGGAAUGUGCUCUACAGGUGUACGUGGGGCUACAGAAUGAGAAAUUCCAAUUCUCGGAUCUACUGUUACACGGACGGACUUUGGACCACUCCACUUCCAGAGUGCACAUGGUACUAAAAAGCUUUUCUCCACAGUGAGGAAUACUAGGAUCUACUAAUAGAGCUGUUCCUUACUGUGGAGGAGAAACAUGAAACUGUCAAAUUAUAAAGUUGUAAAUGACCUUGAAUAUUAAAUGGUCCUGUCUAUAAAGACCUUUUUAGAAAUCAAGACCAUCCAUAAAAUAAUCUACAUAUGAA